CGCAAAACGACAAGGUGGUCAGGACGACAAGGUGGUCAGGACGGAGUGCAGCUAUAAAGAUCCCUUUAACUCCUAGCUCUCUCUGUCUCUGGUGAACCUUAUUGGAAUGCACUUUGUAUUAUUGUUCUUUAUGAGUACCUCACUCUUCAAGCUAGACCUAACUACUGUGUGCUUCUGAUAUUGAGCUCCACCAUGUUCAAAAAGAGCUCCGCCAUCCUGCUAAUUGCAGCAUUUCUGGAGACGCUGCCGUUAAUUGCUAACGGCCUCUAUACCAGGAACUCUCCGGUUCUGCAGGUUGAUGAGAUCAACUAUAACAACCUGAUCGCUAAAUCUAACCAUGCUUCUAUUGUAGAAUUCUAUGCUCCAUGGUGUGGGCACUGCAAGAACCUUAAGCCAGCAUACGAAAAAGUAGCCAAAAGUCUUGAAGGAUUAGUUAAAGUUGCUGCUGUUAAUUGCGAUGACGAUUCGAACAAGCAGUUCUGUCGCCAGAUGGGAGUCAAAGGAUUUCCUACUCUUAAGGUGAUAACGCCGUCGAAGCAUCCAGGAAAGCCGCGAGUCGAUGAUUAUCAGGGGCCCAGAACAGCGAAGGCUAUCGUUGACUACGUUGUGGAGAUGAUACCGAAUCAUAUCAAACGACUUCAGGAUGAAAACAUCGACGGUUGGCUUCAGGAAGCCAAUGACACUGCAAAACUUAUCCUAUUCACGGAGAAAGGCUCCACUAGUGCCCUUCUCCGAUCAUUGGCAAUAGAUUAUCUAGGAUCAAUCAGCAUCGCCCAAAUUCGUAACAAGGAGACAUCAGCGGUGGAAACGUUCGGUGUCAACAAAUUCCCUACGCUUGUACUUCUCCCUGGUGGGACUAAGGAACCCAUAACCUACGAUGGAGAGAUGAAAAAACAACCCAUAUCCGAGUUCCUCAGCCGAGUAGCGAAGCCUAAUCCAGAUCCCGCGCCGACCAAAUCCAAAAAGUCGAAGUCCGACUCUGGUGAUGAUGAUGAUGCCACGACUACAUCCAAAACUACCGAGUCUUCCGAGCCUAGUUCUACAGAUUCUGCUUCCACGCAACCCAAGACCCCUCCCAUACCAACUAUAUCCACAGACUCAAAACUGAGAGAGGCUUGUCUUGCUCCGAAAACAGGAACCUGUGUCCUCGCACUCGUGGCAAUGCCAGAGAAGAUAUCCGCUGAUACCGUGCCUGCACCGGGAACAGUUCAGGCCCUCAACAGCCUUGCUGAGAUCGCCCACAAACACUCGUUGAGGAAAUCACACCUGUUCCCCUUCUAUACCUUGCCGGACGCUGUAAAAGACGUUGGCUUCUUAAGGAGUAAGCUGGAGCUGAAGCAUGAUGUCGCGAUUGAUAUCAUCGCGUUGAAUGUAAAGCGAGGUUGGUGGCGACACUAUGAUGCUGGAGCUGAUGGUGACUGGAGCGUCACUAAACUCGAGGCAUGGAUUGAUGCGAUUCGUAUGGGUGAAGGAGCCAAAACUAAGCUACCCGAGGGUAUCGUACCCGACGAGGAGGAGCAGAAGGAGAAGAAGGAGCCCAGGAAGGAAGCAACCGACAAGCAGCCUGAGAAGGAAACUGAGAAGGAACUCGAGCAGGGAGAGAAGAAUGAAUUCGAAAAGGAAGAACCAACUGGCCACAGCGAACUGUGAUAAUAUAUAACUACACUAAUUCACAGAAUUUUAAUCCUUUCAUACUCCUAACUUGCCUUUGAUAAUUCCCAUUUUAUCUGCCCCAUCUCUGUUUUCUUCAAAUUGUAUGAGUGAUCCGCUUUGCGCUGUGCCGCUCUAUUUUGGUAUUCCCUACCCUGUUGCAUCAUCCGCCAUCCACCUUGUGUUUAGCAGUUAUUCUGUAACAUCAGAAAUUGAUAGGACUUUGUAACAAUAUAUGCUAGUACAGUGGUUACCUGGGUAAUUUUUGGAAGAUGUAGAUUUUCCCCCUCCGUGUUCGUGCGAGCGUCUUGCUGCCAUUUAGCCUCACACGUUCCUCACCUGUCCUGACCCUCCUCACUCUCACCCGCGGCCCGCCUCACUUUCCUCGCCCUCUCCCCACUGCCACCUGCUAAGAUGAAACAUGAUAAAUAUCUCUUCAUUUCUGAUAGGUUUAUAUGAUGGAGCAAUUUCUUUUCAGCUGAUUUGAGAAGUGGAAGAUGCAGUCACCUGUAGUUUCUCACAUCUGAUAUUCCCGGCUCUAUUUCUCUUUUAUGUUUUCAGCUGAAUUUGACUUUGUUUUGUUGUCAAUAUUCAUAUUCUUCUCUCACUUUAUUAUCUUUAUUUUCAUUGUGAAGACUACGUAAUCAAUGAAUAAAAUUUAUAUUAUGA